AUGUCUUCCCCAAGAACCUGCUUGAUUAUCGGUGCCACAACCGGCAUCGGCAAAGAGACUGCCGAACAUUUGGCGAAGAAAGGCUGGACUGUCAUCAUCACUGGCAGGAACAGUGAGAAGGGUGCCCAGGUCGCAGAGUCUAUCAAGAAAGCCGGCGGUAGCGCUUCAUUCCACACUGUCGACGUCACCUCUCAAAAAUCGAUCGUCGCUCUGCACCAAUAUGUCCUUGAGACUCACGGCCGUCUCGACGCUGCUGUGAACAACGCCGGCAUGUCCAGUACCUUUCAGCCGUUCCACACCACUCCGGCCGAGGACAUGGACCUCAUGUUCAACAUCAAUCAGAAAGGCACCUUCUUGUGUAUGCAAGAGCAGAUCAAGAUGAUGCUCAAGCAAGAAAAGGCAGGCGAGGGCAACAAGCGAGGCACUAUCAUCAACAUGGCCAGCAUGUCUGGUCUGAUCGGUGUACCUUAUGCUGCCCCCUACUCUAGCACCAAGCAUGCUAUCAUUGGUCUUACCAAAUCAACAGCUUUGGAGUACGCCCCUGAAGGCAUCAACAUCUCCGCCGUCGCACCUGGUGUCAUUGACUCGGGCAUGCCUGUUUUGGAAGAAAGCUACAAUGGUGGCGCAUACACAAAAGAGCAGGCUGCUGCCAUGCACCCCAUGAACAGACUUGGCACGUGUCUCGAUGUCGCAAAGGCCGUCGACUUCCUGUUGGAGAACAACUUCAUCACUGGCGGUGUCAUCAGUGUCGAUGGAGGCAUCACUGCGAGAUAG